GCCAUCGAUCAACGACUCGCCGAGGUGCUGCAAGGGGUUAGCGCACUCAUAUCCGGAAUCACCAUUGCAUUCAUUUACGGAUGGAACGUGGCACCUAUUGGAUUGGCUACGGCUUUGUUACUAGUGAUUGCUCAGUCAUCUGUUACCCAGUAUCUGAAAUUCCGAGGAGAAAAAGAUGUCGAGUCCGCUAUAGAAGCGAGCAGGAUUGUCACCGAAACGAUUUCAAAUACGAAGACGAUCCAAGCUCUGUGCAAGGAAGGAUUCAUGUACCGAGCGUAUUCUGCUGCUGCACGCGAACCUCAUAGGAGAGCUUUGGUCAGAGGUCUUUGGCAAUCGUUGUCUUAUGCGCUGGCAAAUAUGUUUGUCAUGAUGAACUUUGCAAUCGCAUAUGCGUUCGGAUUAUGGCUGAUCAAGAAUGGAUGGAGUACUCCUUUCAUUGUUUUCCAGUAA